AUGGCUGGUAAUGCACUGCUGGCUGGUAUAGAAACAAACUAUGGCUAUUCAACCGUCAACGAUAGUUAUUCAUUGUAUCAAGUCUACUUUCCCUACAAUUAUACAGAUUGUUCAUGUAAACAAUAUCCAAUUACUUGCGGUCAAUGGGGUGGUGUCUUUCUGUGGGAAUUUCAGGAAGCUGAGGUCCUGUUCCUCAUGCCCGGCUUUUAUAUUGCUUGUUUCACAAUUGAAUCAUUGUUUCUGUCAACGUUUGAAUGUUAUUUUAAUCAAUCGUGUUUAGAUACCAUUAAUCAGCUGAUCGGUUUAAAUUCUCAGUUUCCCUUUAAUGCGACAGCAAUGAGUUACACGGAAUCACAAAGUCAGUACAGUGUCACAACUAAGAUUCAAGAUAUUGUUGAACAGCUGAUGAUUGAACAGUGGAAUGACGAAAUCUCGUUUGAUUCAUACUUCGAGGCAUGUAGGCCUGCUUCAUGUCUUUAUACUUACAACAAGCGAGGUGAUGCUGUCUAUGUGAUAACGACGACGAUUGGUUUAAUCGGUGGGCUGACAACUCUUUUGACUCACUUGAGUUCAUUACUCAUAUCGUAUUUGAGACGAAAGAAACGGCCUGUUCAAACAACAGAUACGAUAGUAGUAAUGGUACUACGUGGCAUCAGUAAGUUAAUUGUCAUUUUAACAAAAAGCUGGAUCACCUGCCUUUUCUAACACAGCACAGCCACUUUCUAACGUAGAUGUUGUAGCCAAAAUUAAAAUUUCAAGUUUGGCUAGCCGAAUUUAGAACUUGGCUAGCCAAAAUUAAAAUCGAGAAUCUAAUUUAAAAUUUGGCUGAAUGUUAAUUUUGCCUACAACAUAUACCUAUACCUAAGAUAUAUCUCUAUUGACCUUUGCUUCGCAUUUGUCGUAUUCUGUUUCUUUACGGAAAAGAGAACAAAAAGAACAGUAGAAAAAAUAUUCUGUGUAAUCAAGCGCUCAUAACUUACUCAUUUUUUGCAAGCUUUUCGCUUCCAUACAAGGAAUUUAAAUCGAUUUUAGACGACUUCAAUAGCUUACACAAUAACUGUUCGCGUCAUAGUAUUUGGAGGAGCUUCAUUGUCAAAUCUUACUUGCUCCGAUAUUGUCCGUUAAAAUCCUUACGAGAAAACCUCUUGAGGUUAAAAAUCACUUUUGAACUCACGAGGGAACAUAUGUAACUGACCAAUCGUUUUUUUAAUGAAAUCUAGUGGAGUAUAGGUAAAAAAACAGUGCUGAAUCCGAAUAUCGGCAUGAGACGGGCCGCUAGGCCUUGCG